CACGCUGCAGUCUCUCCUUGCCACUGGGGACGGACACAGCCCCCCGCUGCUCUGGCCUACAAAUGUCCCACUGGAUGCAUUGCUAAAUUGCCACCUGCUUCUGAGCAUUGUUCAACCUGGCAGGAUCCUCAGAACCAGGAGGUUAGCAAAGACAGCUGAAGCCUACUUGGGCAGGAUUCCCCUGGCUCUUCCGGCUUAAGACCCUACCAUCUCCUAUCCCUGGCCGCCUGUGUUCUGGGCCUCACCUAGACAAGUCUGUGUGGGAACAAGCCACCUCUUCCAUCUGUAGCCAUGAAUUUCCUCCGGCGGCGCCUCUCUGACAGCAGCUUCGUGGCCAACCUGCCUAAUGGCUACAUGACAGACCUGCAGCGCCCAGACAGCUCUACCAGCUCCCCUGCAUCCCCAGCCAUGGAGAGGAGGCACCCCCAGCCCCUGGCAGCCUCCUUCUCCUCUCCAGGAUCCAGCCUCUUCAGCUCCUUCUCCAGUGCCAUGAAGCAGACCUCAGCAGCCCCCUCAGGGCUGAUGGAGCCUCCGGGUCCCUCUUCUCCCGUUGUUCAAAGGCCCAGGAUCCUAUUGGUGAUUGAUGAUGCCCACACAGAUUGGGCCAAAUACUUUCAUGGAAAGAAGGUGAAUGGAGAGAUUGAAAUCCGAGUGGAGCAGGCUGAAUUCUCAGAGUUGAACCUAGCUGCCUAUGUUACUGGGGGCUGUAUGGUGGACAUGCAAGUCCUGAGAAAUGGGACCAAGGUUGUGAGAUCCUUCAAGCCAGACUUCAUCCUGGUCCGCCAGCAUGCCUACAGCAUGGCGCUGGGCGAAGACUACCGAAGCCUGGUCAUCGGCCUCCAGUACGGAGGGCUGCCUGCUGUCAACUCCCUCUACUCCGUCUACAACUUCUGCAGCAAGCCCUGGGUGUUCUCUCAACUCAUUAAGAUCUUCCAUUCUCUGGGUCCUGAGAAGUUCCCACUUGUGGAGCAAACGUUUUUCCCCAACCAUAAGCCAAUGCUCACAGCCCCACACUUCCCUGUGGUGGUCAAGCUGGGACACGCCCACGCCGGAAUGGGAAAGAUCAAAGUAGAAAACCAGCAUGACUACCAGGACAUCACCAGCAUGGUGGCAAUGGCCAAAACCUAUGCCACCACUGAGGCCUUCAUUGACUCGAAGUACGACAUCCGCAUCCAGAAAAUUGGAUCCAACUACAAGGCUUACAUGAGAACCUCCAUCUCUGGAAACUGGAAGGCCAACACAGGUUCUGCCAUGCUGGAGCAGGUGGCCAUGACAGAGAGGUACAGGCUGUGGGUGGACAGCUGCUCAGAAAUGUUUGGCGGCCUGGACAUCUGUGCUGUCAAGGCCGUCCACAGCAAGGACGGCAGAGAUUACAUCAUUGAGGUGAUGGACAGCUCAAUGCCCUUGAUUGGAGAGCACGUGGAAGAGGACAAACAGCUGAUGGCCGACCUCGUGGUCUCCAAAAUGAGCCAACUCCUGAUACCAGGGGGCACAGUGCCCUCGCCCCUGAGGCCUUGGGCUCCACAGAUGAAACCAGCAAAAUCACCGGGGCCAGCCCAGCUGGGACCUCCACUUGGACAGCCCCAGCCACGCCCACCCACACAAGGGGGCCCUCGCCAAACUCAGUCUCCUCAGCCCCCGCGAACCGGGAGCCCCUCCCAACAGAGGCUCUCCCCGCAAGGCCAGCAGCCCCUCAGCUCCCCGUCAGGGUCUCCACAGCAGCAGAGAUCGCCAGGCUCACCACAGCUGUCCCGGGCAUCCAGCGGGAGUUCUCCAAACCAGGCCGCCAAGCCAGGCGCCCCCCUCGCCUCACAGCCCCGGCCCCCCGUUCAAGGCCGCAGUGCCUCUCAACAGGGGGAAGACUCCAAGAAGCCAGCACCACCCCACCCUCAUCUCAACAAAUCCCAGUCCCUGACUACCAGCCUCAGUACAUCUGACACCUCUCAGCGCGGGACCCCAAGUGAAGACGAGGCCAAGGCCGAAACCAUCCGCAACCUGAGGAAGUCCUUUGCCAGCCUGUUCUCUGACUAACCUCGUCCGGGCUGGGACAGGGGAGUGCCGUUACACUCUCCCCUUUCCUGCCUCUCUUCCUUCUCGGCCUUGGUUCCCGAUGGGAACAGAAUGGAGGGCCUGAGAAUAUACUCUCUAAAUGCCUUUGAUCCAGGAACUGAGUAUCUAUAUGUGUUCCCACCUCCCUUGACCAUGACAUUUCAGCAUCAUCGUCCGAGUGGUGGGCCUUUGAGAGCCUCCGGGUUCAUCAAAUCAGGCCCUAACGGCAUCACAUCACCCUGCUCAUCCAGAUGCUUGCUCCCCUGCCUCAGAUAACCAAGUGAAAUGUCUGUGUGUGGCUAGUUUUCACAUUUCUUGUUAGUGUUUUGCUCGCCUUCAGGUGAAGGUCCCCUCCAGGCCUUGCCUCACCUCCAUCAAAUGCAGACACUAUAGUCGGACCUCAGCAACAUAGGAGGCAAUAAUCUUUUGACCAUGUUUUGCAAACAAAAGGAGAAAAGCCCAGCCAGGGGAACAUACUACCUACCCAUGCUAGCUCCAUCCAGGCUCGAUCACCCCUCAGACCAGAAAGGCAAAGGUCCAUCACAUGUGGCUCCCGGUGGGAUCUUAAGAACAGUGGAAUGAAAUCAGAUCCUGUGUAACAAGUGGGGCCUUUCAGAACUCAACAGAAAUGGAGAAGAAAUCCUGAAGUGCUGCUCACCCCCAGAUUGGACAGCCAAGAGCAGACGACAGUUCUACGAAUCAUCCCUAGUUCCCAAAAGAAGAUGCCCUCAACUUCCCAAGGAAGGAGUCAGGUCAGGGUUCCUCCACCCAUUCUGCGUUACACCACCAAGAACUCCCCGAAUUCCCGCCAGAAACGUUCCCUCCUCAAGGACAUAUGAGGAACCGGAGAGAAUCAGGAGAUCAAUAACACAGGCUGAGAAAGCGAAGUGGUGGUAACUUCCAGGUUGGCAUUUCACCAACGGUUUACAGCAAGGCUUUGGUAGGUGACUCAGGUACGAAAGGGUCCCAUGGUCAAACAUGUUUAGGAAAUACUUUGUAUUUCUUGUUUUGAGAUGGGUAGUACACAUUACGUGUCAAAGGCUCUUGGAAUUCCUGCAGUGAAGAAACGAGAUUGAACCUUGCUUAAGCCAAGCUUACUUCACAGAACAAGUGGGCUACAGGGCUGGGCAAUGCCGUGACUCCCUUUCCAAGGCUUUUUCCCUACAUCGGACUGCUUCCCAUGACCAGGUGGGGUGCAGGGCUGCCCCCAAAUCACCACGUGCCCGGUGCUAGAAACAUUGUAGGUGCCAGAACCAGCCUCCUGGUCCCAAAAAGAGCCCAGGACAUUUGAACGUAGCCACCACACUCUCCCCUUACAGCCUACAUUGCGACUUGAGACAUGUCUCUCCCUCCCUGGUCACAGAGAAGGAGAGAGGGAGGUAACAAUGAACAUGUCCAUGGAGUGGAACUGCAUUCUGAAUAAAGGAGCAGGGACAACUUAUAGGGCAAGGUGUGACGUCAUGGAGGCAUGUUUGGGGAGAUCAAGAGCAUAGAAAACACCUAAGGCAGCCACUGCUCUUGUACAUUGGAGAUUAAGGUCGGAAAAAGUCAAGGUCACCUGAUUCUCACAUAGUAAUGAAACAACUGGAAACACACAACAGAGUGGUCAUAGGCUGGACAAAGUUUCUCAAAGCGUGGGCACAGCUAGCUUCAAUUCAGAGCAAAGGAGGCAGAAUUCUGGUCAUAAGGCCCAGACCCUUGUCUUUGUCAGUCUCCCCAAGUAUUUUGCAUGCAAAUUGAAGUUAGACCAGCAGCCCUGAGCUGAGCUCAGUGGGAAGGCCCCCUGCAUGAGAUCAGUAUUGGUAUGGGCUCUUUACAGCCAGGCACCCACUCGUUCGCUGAGCAAAAAUUCGUGGCUCCGCCAACAGUGACUGCGCAGCUUACAUUUUCCCACUUUCUUAUAUUCUGUCCCUUGUCCCUAAAAACUUCUCAACAUUCAAGCUGUAACUCCCAGAUGCUCCCACUACAGUAGCACAAGAUUUUUUUUUUUUUUUAAUCAGACCAGGCAUCCUGAUAUUUAUAACCGUGCACACAUGUGAUCCAUGACAUAACACUAGUUUAUAACCGGCACAUUUGAGUCAAUUUCCCCACUGGUCUGAGUAUGAAUGUAGAGAACAGGAAUGGUCUUGCAGAGACCAUAGACCCCCAGAAUGGACUGUUGCCACACAUAGGCUAACACGUGUUCCUUCCAAACACUUAACCUUUAAUAGCUGUGGCAUUUUUGAAUGGGAAAGGGCAAAAAGAAGGGACUAAAGGAGUCACUCUAUAGAGAUUCUGACAGGUGGUUUGGUUUUUGCUUUGUUGCACAACUUUGACCCAAAGAAAGUCUGGCAUUUUCCCUCCAGGCUGACUUGGUGAGGCUGAACCAUGGGUGCCAAGGGUGUAGCACAACGAACAGGGAUUUAGGGAUGCAGCUUCAGGGGACACCGCCACCAGCCAGAGAAAAUAACUCGGUCCAGGUCUUCCCCCUCUCACCAUGGCAAGAUGGUGCUGUAGUUUAAUUAGGUGUGAAGUCAGCUUUCCAGGGACACUGAAUAUGCAUAUCCUCGCUCUUCCAUGGCCUCUCUGUGUUCUCUCCAUCGUUACCGCACUCCUUCCUGACGUUCAGUCCCUGCUGGUGGGGUAGGGAGGAAGGGCCUUCACUCACAUGGUGACAAAUACAGUGGCACAGCCCAGGAGCCUAAACACCAGCUACCCUCUGAAGACUCAUCGGAGUCUGCAGUGGAAGGAGUUCACGGGGAAGGCAAGCCGGCGUGGGUACCUCGUGAAUUUGCUACGUGAGUCAAGCACAGGGCACACUCCUCGGCACACAGGUGUUCAGGACAUGUUUUAGGUUGGCCUUCCUAGAAAACUAGGAAACUAAUGAAAUGUACACAAAGUGUUCAGGCUGGAGAAAAGGGCUGUCUACAAGAGUGUCAGUGUGAGGAAGUCACUUGCCCAGGAACAGAAGUGAACCCAUAUAAUAGUAAAAUGAGAUAAACUGAAGAAAAUGUACGGCGUUUUUUUGUUUUGUUUUGCUUUUUUAAGCCUCAGAAAGAGGUCUCGGAUUCUAAACUGAGUGUGAAAAGGAACGGAGGUGAGCAGAAUCAGGGGGGCCAAUGAGGCAUCCCCUGUAGUGCACUUGACCAUGGAGGUGGGGGGCCUCAGGGCCACCACGGCUGGGAGCCAAACAUCAGCCUCAGUCAGAAGAGGCUGUGGCGUGCAGGCCAGGACGAUGCCAAGGCUUGUACAGCAAAGACCCAGGGCCGAGGAGCCCCUUCCAGACACGGCACACAGCACACACCAGAGCUUCACAAACAGCCCUGGCCCGCAGAUACACCGCCUCCUUUCGGAACCCGGCCCCUCCCAGGUCUGGGGAGCAGACAGCUGGUGUUUUAUUCAGCUACAUAAAGCAGGUCAGUGGUUCGUUCUGCUUUCAGUGCUUAGCGCUGGUGAAAGGUCAGAGUCAGGGUUUAGGCCGGUUAAGUCAGCCUGGCAGAUCCAAGCAGUGGCUGAAUUAUAUGGAGGAGUAGCUCAGGGCCUAAGAGCACUUUUCUCAUAUCGCAUGUUUUUCUUUAUCCUGGAGAGCACGCCGGCUGGUUACUAACUGUACUGACAGAUGUCAAAAGCUAUCCCCGACUCCCACACAGUCACUGAUAAAAUUCAGACUUUGAGUCUAGUAUUAAGACUCUAAGAGAAGGCAGCCACUUGGGGUUUGGUUGGAGACAAAUUGGAAGUUUGGGCAACAAGCAAGUCAGAUCGGUCCAUUAACCAAACACAAUGCAUAAAAGGCACAGAGCCUCUCUUGUGUUUCCGCAGGCAGAAUAUGCAGCCCAGCUAGAUGAGACUGGGACUCUUAGAUGCUGGGUUCAGAGCUCUCUUUCUCAACUGGCCCCGGCUGAGAGAAAGAUGAAAAUGGCUGGGACAUGGUUCUUGAAGUCAGGGGGGUGUCCCUCGAAGGGAAGACCAAUCAAAAACUGAAUGCUCCUUCUACAGUGCGUGUGCGUGAAUCUUUUAAAAUCCCUUUUGUUUCCCAUCAUUUGUGUUUUGAUUGGUCCUCCUGCUUGUAAUUUCCGUUUCCAAACUCCUAUAGUUGAAGUAUUUGCUGUCUACGGUCUUUAUGGAGUCUAGGGCAGAAGCAAGUUGGCUCUUGGCAGCUACUGCCCAGGGAAGGAGGAAAGCCGACCUUGGCCCCGGGCCCCCAGCACAGGGAGCAGAGGGAGGAGUGUCCAGCUCCAUCAGAAUAAGAAUUACGGAGAUACGGGGCUAAGCAGUGAUCGCAGGAACUGGAGCACCAAGCCCGACAGAGAGAGGACAGAAUGCAACUGCCUUUACAUGAGGAAUCCCAAAACCUUACACUGGAAGGAGAGGAUACCUCCCAUGAUUUGAUGUCCAGCCUUGCCAAACCAUAGCUUUCACUUAUAAAGAGAAGGGGGAGAAAAAGGGAAGCUCCCAUUAAUAAAAAUAACUAAAGGGAAAAACACGGGGCCACAGAAAGCCGUUAAGGCUACAAGCCAAUGGAGAACCGCAUCUUCCCAAAACGCUUACCGCGGCGCUCUCAACGAGCUUGCCUCCACAACAUUCUCAGCGAUGGUCACAGAGUCGCGCGGGGGACGUGCUGCUGCCAAACCAUGACUUCAUGCUCGUGACGCACCAGCAAUAUAUAAAGCUCCACAAUCUCAGCCUAAUGAAGAGGAUGUAGGGUUUUACAAGCUUCUAACCAUAACUUUAGGUGUCCAAGAGGAAAAGCUUUGAGGCUGUUUUAAGAAUUUAGAACAAACUGCUGGAGGAUUUAGGCGUGUGGCACACACUCUCAAUUAAGAGAUGUGUCACACUGGCCAGGAAGUCCCAGGUGAGGUGUCAGAAAGGAGCACCCACAUCCAUGGGACACCAGCAGUUCCCAGACCUCUCGAGAACCAUUCAAAAAGGACACUUGGCAGACUCAUUGUUUUACAGGAUUUGGUGCUUCUGGUCAUCACUACAUCCUCCCACCGCACACAUACCCACACAGUGCAAACCUAACAGCACAGAUGGCCACGGAGGGAUGUAGAAGUAGAGAAGGGUGGACUUGGGCCCACCGAAGCUUCAGGUGAUUCUUUCAGCCCAGACCCAGUUAAAGCCACACAGCAUCUAGAGGACACUGUUUAAAAAGCUGUCCUACAGCUCAGACAUUACAAAAUACCACAGAAAGAAAUGUCAAAGUCCCAAUCCUUUGCCUAUACACAGUAAGCUACUAAGGGUGACAUGGCCUCUAGAAAAUCCUAGUACUGACUGAAUUUUCUUCACUGUGAUGGAAAUAAAGACUAUAUGUGUAAGCAAAAAAAUACCUUCACGUGUAUGUAGGACUCAAAAUAUUCUUGCAGCAUAUAACAUUCCAAGCCAUUUCCUUAUAUGCAAAACAGAUUUUUUAAAAAGGAGGAAGACAUCGGCAAUAUUCCUAAAUAUUGUCUGCAGAUAUAAUAGUGUUUUAUUCCUGGGUUGCAAUUCAGAUUUUUAUUUGUCACGAUAGCAUGUUUCUAUACUGUAUGAUAAGACAUUUGUGUUUGGCCUUUUUCUUGUAUGAAGAAUAAAUCUUGAAUUUUGUGUAUUUUAAA